UCGGGACGGCGUGAUUAGCUGGGCCUCAGAAUCGGCGCUCACGUGGAUGAGCGGCUUCCUUCCCUGCCGUGACCGGGGCGCGCUGAGCUCGAAGUGUGGCGCGGGGGACGAUGAGCGGCGGACGGCGGAAGGAGGAGCCGCCGUCGCACCCGCACUCGCAGCAGCACCUAGUGGCCAACGGUGGGGGCGGUGUGUCGCGGGCCUCGCUGUGGAGCAAAGCCUUGCGGAGCGACUCCGCUUGGGAGGACAAGGAUGAAUUUUUAGAUGUCAUUUACUGGUUCCGGCAGAUCAUUGCUGUUAUUUUGGGAGUGAUCUGGGGAAUUGUUCCACUGAAGGGAUUUGUGGGUAUAGCAAUAUUCUGUCUCAUAAAUGCUGGAGUCCUAUAUCUCUAUUUUAGCAGUUUUCAGCAAAUAGAUGAAGAAGAGUAUGGUGGAACAUGGGAACUAACAAAGGAAGGCUUCAUGACAUCUUUUGCUUUGUUUUUGGUUGUCUGGAUAAUCUUCUACACUGCCAUCCAUUAUGAUUGACAAACUCAGCCAAAUCGAUUGUCUUAAUUGAGGAACACUUUAAGAAACACCUUUGGCCUGUGGGGAGUAGCCAGUUUUUAUACCCCUGGUCCAAGGAGAUGCAACAUGUCUUAUGGAUUCUAAGAAGAAAAGUUUGAUCAGUCUUACUUUAAAAAGUUGUUGCUUUUCCAGAACUUAAAAAAAGCCAUUACAAUGUUUUGCAGACAGCACAAGACUUUUCAAUCUUUCAGCCCUCUUGGUGACUUUAUCCAAUAUGGCGAUGACAAAUCUCUAUAUCCAAAAAGGGUGAUUCUGUUAAUUAAUUUGCGCCGAUUAUCUUGUUCUCUUUGAGACUGAUUCGGAUUGUGACUUGUCUUCCAUUCGUAAGACAUACUAAAAUGGUAGCCAUCAUGAAGCAUAUGGCAGGAGCAGAAUUCUGCUGAAUGUAUUGUAGAGCAUAGAUUUUGAUGGUUCUCUUAGCUUCUUUUAAGAAAAUUAAAGCUCUGAUCUGAUUGUAUUAAGUACUAAUGUCUUUAAAUGGUUCAUCCAGGGUUUUAAAAUUUUGAUUGCUUAACAAUGUAAUAAGCAUAAUCUUCAGAUGGUUUCCUAAUAUUUUGGGAUUUUAACUCUUUAUUGAGAAGUGCGAGGCUUUCCUAGCUUGAUUAGGGAACUUUCCAAAACAGUUGCAGUGAUUUAGGAACAUCUUAAUAUAUUGGUUAGCUAACCAAUUCAGUUUCUAGAACCUACCUCAGAGUCCAGUGAUCUAAAUGCACAAAAUAAGAUGCUUCAGAAUUCAAUUACUUUGGGAUUGUUAUAGGUUUUUGAAGCUGAAACGUAAUACAGAAUAACUAAGGCAGCUAAUGUCUUGUACAUAAAACUAAUUUUCAGAUAGGAGUAGAUUGAACUUCAGUGUUGAUCUUUAUGAUUAUUAAAAGUAUCAGAAUGAAAAAAAAUGCUACUAAUUGUACACUAAUUAGGCUACUUAUGAGUUUUAAUUAUACUGUCUCAAUCAUUUUUAAGAUAUAAACUGUCUAUAUGAGUAUUUAAUUAUUUCAAGGAGAGGCUAUUUCCUAUCUUAAGUUAAUGUAAAUAGACAGAAAAUGGAGUUGUUCAUUAAGACUGCCUUACAGUAAGAAUCUGUUUUGAGUCCUAAUAUGCUGUGGAUAAAUUUCCAAUUCUUUGUACUCCUCUUGAACUCUAACUUUGCAUACUUGAUUUCAUAAGUAGCUUUCCAUGCAUUCUCUUUCAGCAUUGUCAGGUGUGUCUUCCUUUUUCUGUUCCAUUCAGCUCUGUUCAGUUUUAACAUCAGGGAAGAAUUCAGCCACAGAAGAUGAAAGGCAAAACUACUAAAGGUUGGAGAGCCUUAGCAGAGGUUUCUCUUGCAGUUCUUCAUUGCCAAUUUCUUAAGUGUUGUCUCCUUCAAUUUGGGGAGAUACUUAGACAUUUUGGUAUUUGCUAACCUUAAGCUGCAUUUCUCAAUCAGCAGCGGGGGGGGGGGUUCCCCCCCAAAGCUUAAAGCUUGAGUCAUCCACCAAAUAAGUAAAUCAUUUUAUACAUGGAAGAUCACUAAUAAAGAUCACUUUAAGAA